AUGUCAGGUUACGGUCUGACUGAAAACCGGAACUCCUCCCCUGUGGAUGACGAAGAUAAUGAGAUUUCUUUAAACUUUCUGGCGCUUGGUUCGAGAGUUCGAAAGCUUACUGGGCAAGCAUCGGUUAUUAUGCCGAAGACAGGUGAGAGGGUUCAAAGGUCAGUUUCUUCAUUUAGUAUAGGAUUUGAGAGCUUUAACUCUAGAGGUAUUGAGGACAAUCCUAGCGAAAGCUCUUCAUUAUUACCAGGAAGCAAUAAUGGCAAUGGUAAUGGUAAUGCAUUGGCCCCAUCGCUGUCAAAUGUCACCUUGGAAGGCUCUCCAGAAACUUCAAGAUGGAAAUUCAAAAAGAUUUACAGAAGGUCUAAGAGGAAAUUGGAGGCUGUUUAUGCAAAUGAGGUAUAUAAAAGUGUAUUGAAGUGCUCAAUUGCAUAUUUUUUGGCCUCGUUGGGUGUUUAUUGGCUGAGAUUUGACGAUCUUUUGGGAAGAACUGAUUCCAAGCAUGUUGUAGCGACGGUGGCCGUAUAUUUCCAUCCAUCCCGUUCAAAGGGCUCUAUGCACCAAUCGUUAUUGUUUGUAAUAUGUUCGUUGCUAUUCAGUUUUAGUAUGACAUUUUUCUGUAGACUUAUACUGAGAAGUUUCUUCAACCAUGGAGAAGAUGAAAUCUGUUAUGCGAUUGACUUGAUAGUUGCAUCUUUAUCCUUGGGCUGCAUAGCGUAUAUGAAGCAAAAAAUCAACAAGCAGACCUUUAAUACUGCAUGCUCGUUAGCUUCCAUUUCCAUUGUUGCAUGUAUUAUCAAGGAAGGGAGUACGAACGCCUCAGAAAUUCCUGUUGAUAGAUUCAUUGGUACCAUCAUUGUUGUCGUAACCGGAUGUAGUAUAUCUGUACUUUGCUGUUAUCUCAUUUGGCCCGUAAGUGCUGUGGAACAAUUACGAAAGGGAUUAAAUGACUCUUAUAACAUCAUGUCCGGAUUACUUUCGAUUACUGCUAAUAGAUUUCUCAACGGUGAAAAUAUUACUGCAAAAGAUAUCGAGUUCUUUAAUAGACUCAAUAAGAAUAUAACCUCUUUGAAUUCGCUGCUUGAAGAAGCUCAAUAUGAGCUCUUGUUACGAGGAAGGGAAGAAGAGUGGAAGUUGUUUGUGAAAUUGGUUUCACUGACAAAAGCAUUGGCCAGACAUGUUCAAGCACUAAGAUCGUCAGUUGAAAUGCAGUGGGAGCUUUUACACGAGAAUGACGGUGCCGAGAACAAUAAUAAUAACAAUAAUGACGCAGAUAGUGUCAGUAGUGAUGAAAGUAUAGAUUCUAGAAUCCACUUAUCGCAAUCUAUCGAGAAUAUGUCCAAAAUUCUCUCAGGCACAAAUACCAGUGAUGUACCAAACUAUACGGCCAGUAAUCCAGGUCAAAUCUUCGACUUAUUUGUUUAUUAUCUUGCGCCAUCGAUGAAAUCAUUUAUCUUCACAAUCAAAAACAUCUUGAGCGAAAUACCAUUUGAAAAUCAAUGUAGUGGCAAAUUUGCAACUACAGCUACAUUUCAAAGAUCUAUCGAUAGUGCAUUGGAAUUGUACAAGGAAAAGCAAUCUGAGUCAUUUGAAAGAUUGUACUCUCAGGAGAUUUUCCAUAAAAAAGAUUCCAACCAAUUCCUUUUUAAUACAGACCAAGAGGAAGUUACAGCAUGUUGUGGUAAUUUCUCUUCUUUGCUAGGAGAAUUUGCCAGGACUUUGAAUGGAUUUCUAAAAUUAACUGAGAGAUACGAAGAAACAACUCAAUGUAGGAGGUCAUGGAAUUAUUUGUAUAAUAGUUUAUGGCACCAAAGUCCCAGUGAUCAAGGAAAAAAGGACCAAUACAGUCAAGGUAUAGAUUCUAAUGAUUUAGGUGAGGAUGCAAUAGGAUCCACAGGAUUUCAGGAUCCCCCACAAGAAAAUGGUACAGAAAGAAGAGUGAGUUUUCCACUUUUCAAUACUCGUGUCGAGAGUACCUUAAAUGCUGCCCUAUUGGCUUUUCAAAACCAAUAUAGAAAUGGCGACGAAAAUGGCACUCAUAGUAGAUCAAUUUUGAAGAAGAGGCGCGAAAUACAUUCCAGGCUAUCUAUUUUAUCCUUCAAUCUCUGGAAGUCAUUAAAAGUAUUUAAAAGAACAGACGUUCAGUUCGGCAUUAGAGUUGGUUUAGGAGCGCUAAUAAUAUCUAUUUUUGCAUUUAUUCCUCAAACUAAGAUUUAUUUCAAUGAAUGGAGAAUAGAAUGGGCUCUAGUGGUGUAUUGUAUCAUGAUGAACAAAUCUGUUGGAGGUACUUCAAUGACAAUUAAAUAUAGAUUUAUUGGGACAUUUUUGGGAUGCUAUGGAGCGUAUUUGAUCUGGGUUUUGACAAAUGGGAAUGUCUACUGUUUAUGUAUUUGUGGAUUUCUACUUUCUAUUCCAAGUUUUUAUAUUAUCAUGUAUUGGAAACAGAAUAAUCCAUUUGGAAGGUUUAUUUUAUUAGCAUACAACAUUACAGCCUUAUACUCAUACAGUAUGACGCAAAAGGACGCAGAAGAUGGAUUGGAAGGUGGUGAGGAUCCUAUCAUUGGAGAGAUUGCAUUUCAUAGAUUCUUUGCAGUUUCGGUAGGUAUCAUGGUUUCUGUGUCUAUGUCUUCAUUAUUUUUGCCCAAUAGUGCUAGAUCAAGAUUAAAGAAAGGAUUGACUAUCCUCUGGUUGAGAAUGGGAGUAAUUUGGAAUAGUGACCCCUUGGAUUUUACUGUAGAUGGAGAACUGAAGCUCAUAGGCUUAAAAGAUCAAAAGGGUUUACAUGAUUUGCUACGUGAAUGUGAAACACUACUAAAGCAGGCCCCUAAAGAGUUUAGAUUGAAGGGUGAGUUUCCUAAGGUGAAAUACGAAAAGAUUCUACAAUGCACUUCCAAUAUCAUUGACUCGUUUCAAAAUAUGAACCUUAUGAUCGAAGUUGAUCCGAGCUUAUCAACUAAUGAAGAAUAUGUGUUAAAGUAUAUCAGUGCUGAAAGAACUGAAGUUGAACAUAGGAUAUUUUUGAUAUUUUAUAUGCUUGCAAGUGCUCUCAGGUUGUCAUUCCCACUCCCGAAUAAACCAGCGUCCACAGAACACGCAAAGGAUAGAAUGCUAUUCAAAUUAAGCGAGAUUAGAAGUAACGGAGCGCUUAAGAAGGACUUGACGUUAACAAACGAAGAUUAUGUCUUACUAUACUCAUAUAUCUUAGUCACCAACAAGAUUUCUUUGGAAUUGGACAGGAUAUUGGAAUUAGUCAGAGAUUUAAUAGGAGAAAUUGAUGAGGAGAUUUUCGAAUUAGUUUGA